AGAUUCAAGUGUGGUCCAGCUGUUAAGGAUGCAGACUUGUUAGGACACUUCACAUCCUUGAGGAGCGGACAGAAGGAUGUGAUGCAGAUAAACAAGACGACUGACUAUUUGGAGGCUGCAGCAGCUCAGCACAUGGUUCUGUGCAAGUGAACUGUGUCGGGAUCGGCAGUAGAAUCCAUGUGGCCGACAUGAGGCAGGUGGACCAGGAACGGCACAACCUCCACGAGAGUCUUGCUGGCGCAGUCACAUCCACUCUGGUACUGGUUCUGCUCGGGUCAGUCCGCUGCUGUCCCGGCGUCUGCACCUGUGAUCGUAACACCACCGAUUGCUCCGCUCUGGGCCUGAUUUCUCUGACCCCUCUCCUGCCACUGCUUGACCAGGACUCUGAGACCCUGUACCUGGCCCAGAACAACCUCUCUUUCCUGGCUGCUGUGGACUUGGCUAACCUCAGCAGCCUGGAGAUCUUGGAUCUUUCCCAGAACCACUUUUUCACCCUGCAAUCAGGAGUCUUCUCAGGCCUGAGCGGCCUGCGGUGGCUCAAUCUGUCCGCCAACUUCCUCGGAAGGCACCUCGCCACCCCAGAUGUCAACCGCAGUAAAGAGGCGGAGCAAAAUCUAAACAGAAGCCGUGGGGGCGUCAGCCUGAGCAAGGAGGUCUUCCGGGGGCUGUUGUGGCUGCGAGGACUCGACCUGUCCUCCAAUGGCCUCUACUGGCUGCCCACGGGCCUGCUGGAUGGACUCCAGAGACUAACUUGGUUGUCGCUGGCCAGGAAUCGGCUCGCGGUGCUGGAGAGGGCAACCUUUGAGCCUCUGGUGGGGCUUCAGCAGCUCCUCCUGGCUGGGAACCCCUGGGAAUGUAAUUGCAAGCUAUGGAACUUCAAGCACUGGGUGGAGUGGAUGAUCUACAGAGACGGUCUGGUCGACACGAUAACGUGCAGCUUUCCCAGGAAACUGAUCGCCAGGAACAUCCGCAACGUGCCGGCCGAGAUGUUCGAGCACUGCGUGCAGAGCGUCGCCAAGGAAGUCACACCCGGCGGCGGCAUCCGACCCCUCUGUCCGCCGGGUCGUAUCAGCGGCAACGACGAGUGCGUCCGCCAGCGCUACCGUCCGGUUAGCGUCCGCCGAGCGCAAGUGACGCAAAUCGUGGCGGGUGUGGUGUGCGGCACGGUGUGCGUCAUGAUGGUGGUGGCGGCAACGUACGGCUGCGUCUACGCCUCGCUGAUGGCUCGCUACCAGAGGGAGCUGAAGAAGCGAGGGCCGCCUCUGAUGGCUGAGGGCGUGGCAGACGACCUGGGAGACGCGCAAUCCCCGACGACGCCAGAGGAGGCGCCGCCUAAAGAGGCCUGCGUGGUGUACGGGUACCGCAUCAGCAGUUUCUGACGGGUCCAGCACAGAUCUUUGAAACUUCCAACGACCCAAACACCACGACCCUUGCAUUCAUUUUUCCUCUGCAGUCUCUUUGUGACCAACCGAUGUUCAAGUGUGACACUUCUUAUUCAUGUCCUCGGUCCUCCUGUUGGAUCAUCUCCAUAGCAACGUCACCUGACCUCGCUGAGACGCCGUUUUCUCAUCCUGCAGUCCUACUGCCACCUACAGGCCACACUGAGCAACUACCUAAUGUCUCGUUUAAGUGUGUAAUAGAAGUAGAUUUACAUGGUGUGAGGGCCAAAUGGGACAGCAAUAAAUAAAUACAUCUUCAAUUACCUAAAUGUGUCAUUAA